UGUAAACAAAAGUAAACUUUUGAUAGACACAGACGUCCAGUGCUCAAGGAAGUACCAUACCUGCCACCACCGUGGCUACACUCUCGAUACUCGCUAGGAGGACUCUCCUCCACCUUCGUCUACCGUUCAGGUCCUUUGUCACCAUGGCUUCCCCUUCUGCGGCAACAUCUCCUUCGCCAGCCUCUGCCGCUGCCAACCUGAGCGCAACAGAGGCCAAUGCGGCUACGACAACCCAAGCGCCCAAGAAGACGAAGCUCCAUGGCAGGGCCUUCUACGAGAGCAUCGGUAGCCCGAAGUACAUCGUUGCUCCCAUGGUGGACCAGUCGGAGUUUGCCUGGCGCAUGCUGACUCGAUCCUUCCUACCCGCCGAAGAGCAACAUACGCUCCUUUGCUACACACCCAUGUUCCAUGCCCGACUGUUUACCGAGGCACCCAAAUACCGCGACUCCCACUUCCAACCGAUCCGCGGCCCUCUCACAGCCGAUAGCCCCCGCCCAGGCUCGCCCGAUUACGUUCCCUUCCUCGACGGCAACCCCGAAAUCGACCGUUCGCUCUUCGUCCAGUUUUGCGCCAACGACCCCGCCUACCUGCUCUCCGCCGCGAAGCUCGUAGCCCCUUACUGCGAUGCCGUGGACCUCAACCUCGGCUGCCCGCAGGGCAUCGCCAAGCGCGGCCAAUACGGCUCCUUCCUGCAGGAGAACCAAGAGCUCAUCUUCGAGCUGAUCAACACCCUGCACAAGGAACUCGACAUCCCCGUCACGGCCAAGAUCCGCAUCCUCGACACCAAGGAGGCCACCCUCAAAUACGCCCAGAAUGUGCUGCGCGCCGGCGCCAGCAUCCUCACGGUUCACGGCCGGCGGCGCGAGCAAAAGGGCCACCAGACGGGCCUGGCCGACUGGGAGUACAUCCGCUACCUGCGCGAGAACCUGCCCAAGGAGACGGUCAUCUUCGCCAACGGCAACAUCCUGCAGCACUCGGACCUGGAGAAGUGCUUGGAGACCACAGGUGCCGACGGCGUCAUGAGCGCCGAGGGCAACCUCAGCGACCCGGGCCUGUUCGCCCGGUCGCCUGCCGUCGGCGAGGAAGGGAGGGAGUACUGGCGCAGCAAGGAUGGCAGAAGGGGCGGCUGGCGCGUCGACGCUGUGCUGAGGCGAUACAUGGAUAUCAUCUACAAGUACGUCCUGGAGCAGGAGCCGCCGGCAAGGAGACCGCUGUUCAUGCCGGGCGAUGAUGUUGCUUGGCUUGAAGAAGCUACCUCCUCCACCUCCACCGAGACAACAACAACACAAACCAACAACAACAGUGACGAACCACCAAGAAAGAAACACAAAUCCGCCAACGGCACCGCUUCAACCCCCUCCACCACCACCACCAACAACCCCCACCUAGACAAAAAAGCCCUCCAAACCUCCCCCAACCUCGUCUCCAUGCAACCCCACUGCUUCCACCUCCUCCGGCACUUCGUGACAACCCACACCGACGUACGCGACCUCCUCGCCCGCGCGCGGAACGGUUCCGAAAUCGCAAAAUACGAAGCCAUCCUGUCCCAAGUCGAGCGCAAGGUCGCCCAGGGACUUCUGGAAUACGAACGCACCGGUGGCUCGUCAUUCGACGUCGACGUGCUGGAGACCUUGAUCAAGGAAACGGAAGACUCCCAAAACGACCCGGAAUCUUCGGCAAAAGCGAGGAGGGAGAAUAAGAGGCCUUGGUGGGUGGUUCAGCCGAUUAUCAGGCCGUUGCCCAAGGAGGCGUUGGCCAAGGGGGCGUUGCAGUUGAGUAAGAAGGAACUGAAGGCGCAGGCGGCGAAGAAGGCUGCUGGCGGUGGUGCUGGGGUUGUUGCUGCUGCUGGAGCUGCGGCUGCGGCUGCGGGUGUGGCUGUGGCUUCGGUUUUUGGUGAGACUGGGGCGAAGAAGGAGGAGAAGAAGGAUGAGAAGGGGGAGGUGAAGAAGACGACUGAAGAGGCGCCGGUUCCUGUUCAGGGAGAGAAUGGCGCGGAGACAGCGGUGGAGUCAUUGGAGACUACUACGAGUUAUCCCAAGAGCGAGCUGGUUAGUGGCUAGUCUCCAUGUCUUCUUCACUGGUUUGGGCAUAACUGGGUGCCGGUGGUUGGUUUUGUAGAGGAGUUCGGCAUAUACGUGAUGGAGCUCUGGUUUAUAGAUGUUCAAGGUAGCAUUGUUAGAAAGUAUCAUACCCCUUAUUCUAUGUUC